GAACAAAGGAAUUUAUGAGAAUCAGAAUCUGUACAUUAAUUUUUCCUAAUAUUGAUUAUAGAAAAUUUUACAUAUAAUUGCUAUUAGAAAAAAGAAAAAAGAAAAAAAAAAAGGCAAAGCAAAGGAAAAUUAAACACCUGCAGCCGAGGGGUAAUCGAAGGCAUUAGGCUACGAAUUCAUGUUGUUUGAGAGAGAAAGCAUGGCGCCGAAGUUGAAAGAGCUGAGAAAGGGUUUGGAAGCUGUUCAAGACCUGGAAUUACUCAAGGUCUUGAAAUCCGAGAUCGAAUUCGAACUCAAUUCUAAUCCCUUCAAGGCUGAUAAAAUAUUUGGUUCCUUGGGAGACUUUUUGCUGGACUGGGAUUCACCACAUUCCAAGAUGUAUGUAGUUUUGCGGAAAAGAUGCAAUUCAUGUGAGGAGAUUGCGGUUUCAGCGAUUCUUGGCCCAGCAUCUACAUAUGAAAGAGGGGGUACAUUUCCGAGGGAUAUUCUUAUGAAUGUAUUUGUAAAAAAGCCAGCUCUGAGCUCCAUGUUGCAAUUCAACUGUCGUGCUUUUGAGAAAUCUAUCAAUGAACCAGACUUUGACAUAAAGAGUGCUUAUUAUCUCGCAUCACCAAGAUGUCUGGGGUCUUCCAUUUACAGAGGCCCCCAAUUUAGCGAAUUGGACCCUAAGUUGCAAGAUUCGAUCAAAGACUAUUUGAUAGACAAGGGAAUUAAAGAAAACCUGAUCAUGUUCCUUCUCCACCACCUGCAUAGAAGAGAGCAAGAGCAGUACAUAAACUGGCUAAAAAAGGGUGAAUCAUUUGUGGCAAAAAGUGAGUGAUUUUGUCAAUUCAGAUGCACAUUCUACUAGCAAACCUGCGGGGUUUCAUUAUUCUCAUCAUUGACUCUUGUUAAGGAGGAGGAUAACUGUGGGCCUGAUCAUCAAUCCGGAACCAUGUUUCCUUGAUUUUCUAUUUCUAUUGUUUGAAUUAUCACAUUGCCGUCUUGUAUGAGUUCAGGUCGUCGAAUUUGUGAACUCAUUUGUGCAUCACAGCAUUGUAGUUAUCUUUUAAUUUCUGCUGAAUUUCUGGUCCGCACACGAAAUGAAUCUGAAUUUGAAUGCUCAGUGCUUGCAAGGUCAAGUUCUCAGCUAUAACAAGUAGGGUAACUUUUCCUAUGAUGGAUUCAUUUUUGACUUCAUCCAUCCCAUUUAAUGUGACCUAGUUGGCUAA